AUGAAGAGGGAUUCGCGUCGAGAGACCGGACACUUGGGGCCUGUGAAUGAUUUGCUCAGUCGGUAUCCUCGUAAUUGCGCGAAGAAUGUUCUCCCCAUCGAGGGCACACUACGCGAGCUCAUGUGCUGCCGGUACAUGCAGGACGGGACAGCCGUUUCCGUCCACACGAGCCCUCCGGACGCAUCGUGUCACACAUCUUUGAUAGACAGUCGAAGCAGCAAUGGUACCAAUUUUUCGUUGUGCUGCCACAAGGCCCAAGAGGGAAGCAGAAAAGAGCGAUUCCUCCCAUCCUCUGGCCCUAAAGCCCUUAAUCCCUUCGGCUUGCCUGAAGUCCACAGUCUGGAUUCGUCCAACCGGCCAGCCCGCUGGAGACCGGACUCGAGCUAG